UUGCAUUUGAGCUUCUUCUUCUUCAUCUUCAUCUUCCUCACAAAAUCAAAACCCCCAAUUUUCCUCUCUGCAAAAAAAUGAGGAAAACCCUAACCCUAACAAUGUCUCCAAUUCCCAAACUACCCCUCCUCCUCCUCCUCAUCUCCGCCCUCCUCUCCCUCACCGCCUCCGCCGAAUCGGACCUCGUCUCGGAGCUCCAGUCCCUCCAAUCCCGAUCCAAAUCCGGCGUCAUCCGCCUCACCGACCACUCCGUCUCCCGCUUCCUCACCUCCACCUCUCGCCCCUUCUCCCUCCUCAUCUUCUUCGACGCCGCCAAGCUCCACGAGAAGUCGGAGCUCCACCUCACCGACCUCCGCCGCGAGUUCGGCCUCGUCGCCGAGUCCUUCAUCUCCAACAACGCCGACCCCGCCUCCCCGUCCCACUCAAAGCUCUUCUUCUGCGACGUCGAGUUUCAGGACUCGCAGAGCAGCUUCGCCUUGUUCGGAGUCAACUCCCUGCCCCAUAUCCGCCUCGUCGGGCCGGGUCAGAACCCGAAAGAGUCCCUCCAGAUGGAGCAGGGCGAUUUCGCUAGACUCGCUGAGUCAAUGUCCGAGUUCAUCGAGUCGAAAACCAAGCUUACGGUUGGACCGAUCCACCGGCCGCCGAUGUUCUCCCGGAACCAGAUCAUCCUCGCCGUCAUGGCGUGGCUGAUCUGGACGCCGUUCAUUGUCAAGAAGGCGAUCACAGGGAGGACUCUGCUUCAUGAUCCCAGGGUUUGGUUGAGUGGAGCGGUUUUCGUGUACUUCUUCAGUGUUUCGGGUGCUAUGCAUAACAUUAUCAGGAAAAUGCCGAUGUUUUUGGUUGACCGGAACGAUCCCUCGAAGCUGGUUUUCUUCUAUCAAGGCUCGGGAAUGCAGCUCGGAACAGAGGGGUUUGCUGUUGGGUUCUUGUACACCAUUGUGGGGCUGCUGCUGGCGUUUCUUACUAGAGUGCUUGUGAAGGUGAGGAAUGUCAAUGCGCAGCGGGUUGUUAUGCUUGUGGCGCUGGCGGUUUCGUUUUGGGCUGUGAAGAAGGUGGUGUCUUUGGAUAACUGGAAGACCGGGUAUGGUAUCCAUGCUUUCUGGCCUACGAGCUGGAACUGAGCUUGGUGAGGAUGCGGGGGUUCUAUGAAAGGUGACUUACAUUUAUGCUUAGAGAAAAACUUUGAGAAUGAAUUCGGGAUAAAGAUUUGAUAUGUUGAAUGCUGCUUUGGCAGCCUGCAGGGCUUACGUUAUGUUUAAAUACUUACAAAACUAUGUGUUCGUAAACUUUCUGAGUUUGAUUACAUGCUUUACAUUUAUGACGUUAUGUGC